AUGUCAGUGAUGGCGGUCGUCGAUCGCGUGCGUCUCGUUGCCGAACAAAUUUUCGAUCACACCGAUUUGGUUGAAGCAAAUGAUGUGUCUUUCGAUUCAUUAUUAGCCAGAGAUGAUCUGAAGCGAUUAAAUUCCCAAAUCAAAGAGAAAGCAGCAGCAAUUAUAGCUCUGACAACACCAACAUUUAAAAAGGAACAUGAUGAUUAUUUGGAACGAAUAAAGCAAUUGCAAAAUAAUCAGUUACUUGCCGUAGAUAUGGAAAUUGAACAGCAGCUAAAAAACUUGCGAGAAACUAUCAAACAAGGAAGAACAGUCGAUGAUUUACCAUCACCCGAAGUUUCAGCCAGCAGUGAGGUUGAUCUGGAAUAG